AUGGGAAUUGAAGAAAUGCCCAUGAUGGCGAUGAUGAUACCUGGGAUGGGGUUUGGCCCAGGAAUGGUAGCGCCAAAGGGGAAGGCCGAUGGGCCUGGUCCGAAAGAGAAGGAGAAGAAAGAGAAGACAUCGUUUGAUUUGAAACUCGAUGGGGGAUUUGAUGCCGCGGCCAAGAUCAAGAUAAUUAAGGAAGUGCUGGAGUGCACGGAUUUGGGGUUGAAGGAAGCCAAGGAGCUCGUGGAAAAGGCGCCCACGUUGUUGAAGAAGGGGGUUCCCAAAGAGGAAGCUGAGAAGAUUAUUGAGAAGAUGAAGGGAGUCGGGCUAAAGUCAUAA